AUGGUCCCAAAUGAAGGCCAACAGUAUAUGGGAAUUAUCCAGUUGCUGCUCCAUUUUGGGUGGAUUUGGGUUGGCCUCCUGGCUGCAGAUGAUGAUGGUGGAGAGAAUUUCUUGAAGUCUUUGGAGCCAUUGCUUUCCCAAAAUGGAAUCUGUUUAGCCUUCACUGAAAGAAUUCCAAACCAAGCAAAAUGGGAUACCGUAGGAGAUAUUAAUAAUUUACUCUCAAGUAUAUAUCAGAUUUUCAAAGACAGAAAAGUCAAUACUUUCAUCUUGUAUGGAGGAUCUCUUACCAUGAUUUCACUGAAUAAUAUGUUGUUUCUAGGAAAUACUGGAUAUAUGGGAAAUAUAUCAUUGAGUAAAGUGUGGAUUUUGACAACCCAAGUUGAUUUCAUGUUAAUUGGAACUCAAAGGUAUUUGAAUUUUGACUUGCUCCAUGGUGCCAUAGCAUUCACAAUUCACUCAAAUGAGCUUCAGCUGUUCAAGAAAUAUCUUUCUAAUAUAAAACCUUACCAGGAAAACCAAAAUAAUUUUCUUAAGGAAUUCUGGGAACAAGCGUUUGACUGUUUAUUUCCAAAUCUUGAUGGGUCAAUGCAGGUCGAUGACAUGUGCACUGGAGAGGAGAAACUGGAGAAUCUUCCGGGGGCUAUUUUUGAAAUGCACAUGACUGGCCCCAGCUACAGUGUCUAUAACGCUGUCUAUGCUAUAGCAUAUGCUUUGAAAGCCAUGGCUUCAUCAAAUUCCAUGAAUGGCAAGAGGGUUCAGUUCCAAGAUCUCCAGCCAUGGCAGCUUCACCCAUUUCUUCAAAGCAUAUCUUUCAACAACUCUGCUGGAGAAACAGUGUCUUUUAAUGAUAAGAAAGAAAUAGAAGCUGGAUUCGACAUUGUGAACAUGGUUACGUUCCCCAAUAGGUCCUUCCUCAGAGUCAAAGUUGGAAGGGUUGAUUCCUCUGCUCCCACAGGAAAACAAUUCAUUAUUCACGAUGAUAUGAUUGUGUGGCAGAGAACUUUUAACCAGGGGCCUCCCCUUUCUGUGUGCAAUGAUUAUUGCCAACCUGGUUCUCAGAAGAAAAAGAAAGAAGGGGAGAAAUUUUGCUGUUAUAAUUGUGUUCCUUGUCCAGAGGGGAAGAUUUCAAGUCAAAAGGACAUGCUCGACUGUGUAAAAUGUGGGGAAGACCAAUAUCCAAGCAAGGACCAAAGUGGAUGCAUCUACAAAGUUAUAACCUUCUUGUCAUUUGAAGAACCUUUGGGGAUCAGUUUGGCCUUAUUAGCCAUAUCUUUUUGCCUUAUCACAGGUUUAGUAUUAAGGACUUUUGUGAAGCACAGAGAUACACCCAUCGUCAAAGCCAACAACCAAGAUAUCACCUACACUCUCCUGGUCUCCCUCCUUCUCUGCUUUCUCUGUUCUUUGCUAUUCCUUGGAGAACCCAGCAAGCUGACCUGCCUCCUUCGCCAGUCUGCCUUUGGCAUCAUCUUCACAGUGGCUGUUUCUUGUGUUUUGGCCAAAACCAUCACUGUGGUUGUUGCUUUCAUGGCCACCAAACCUGGGUCCAGCAUGAAGAAAUGGGUGGGGAAAGGACUGGCCAACUCAAUUCUUCUUUCUUGUUCCCUUGUUCAAGCAGCCAUUUGUGUGGAGUGGCUGGGAACCUCUCCCCCAUUCCCAUAUUUAGACACGCAGUCCCUCAACAGAGAGAUUAUAGCAGAAUGUAAUGAAGGGUCGGACAUCAUGUUUUACCUUGUUCUGGGCUACUUGGGACUUCUGUCCCUCAUCAGCUUGACUGUGGCUUUCCCAGCCAGGAAGCUGCCAGACAGUUUCAACGAAGCCAAGUUCAUCACCUUCAGCAUGCUGAUCUUCUGCAGUGUUUGGUUGUCUUUUGUUCCAACCUACCUGAGCACCAAAGGGAAAUACCUGGUAGCUGUGGAGAUCUUCUCUAUCUUGGCCUCCAGUGCAGGGUUGCUGGCUUGUAUCUUUUCCCCUAAAUGUUACAUUAUUGUGCUGAGGCCUGAGCUGAAUAAAAGAGAGCAGCUAAUUAGGAGAAAGAAUUAA